GACGUGUCACAUGAUGUGCUGACGUCACUAAGGUCCUUGUACUGGAUACGAACUAGUCGCCUUUCUUGUUGCCUGUACUUCCUGCUGCUCUCCAGCCCCACACCAGCAGAACAUGCCCAAUUGUGUGGUGAAUGGGUGUACCCCAAAAUCCAGAGAAUGGGAAACUGGAGUUAUCUUACAUACAUUUCCGAAAGACAAAGACCUGAUAAGAAAAUGGCUUCAAGCUACAGGGCAAGAGUAUGCCGACCUAGAAAAAGAGGUUGACAAAAUCCACGAUUCCAAAAGCCACGCCUAUAGAAUGUGCUCGCUCCACUUCAGUGCAGAUUACUACUUGACCAACCCCAUUACCGGCAAGAGAAAGCUCAUGCCCAUAGCGGUGCCGUCGAUAUUUCAGCCUCAAGUCAGUGGAGACAAGGUAGCAGAAGAAUAUUUUCUUUGGCAUGCUGCAAAGAAGAGACGCUUAGAUAUAGCGGGGGUCCCAACUGCGCAGUUUGUGCCUGGUGAACUAUGUCCUACUUGCCGACAUGUAAUCCCACAUGCAGCGUCUGUGCCGGAUCCAUCGGUCGCCCGUAGAAAGUUUGUGGAAAAGGGCACUUCCUUUGACAAUUGUUGGGGAACAAAAUCGAAGGCUGUUCAAGCUACGGUCCGUAUGUUUUCGACGAAAAUACAGUGCACCAGACUACGAGACCGAAGGAUCACUCCAGCCAGGAGAUAUACCGUAUCCCAACCUUAUGUAUUCACAGGCGCUACCUCAGCUGUAUUAACAAACCCACCUAUUAUAACGUCCACACCACAAAGAACCACUGAUACUGAAGACUCCGCCUCUGAGGAGACAGAAGAUACUGAAAACUCCUCCUCCGAGGAGACAGAGGAAGAAGAAGAAGCUCCAGCAAUGGCAGUGACAACCCAUUCCUUGCCUAGAGAUAAACCGAGCUUUUCCACAAUUGCAACCAGAACUUAUUCCAGCAAGAAAGGUUCCCGCUUUCAUGUAUCGAGAGCAGAAAGUCCUACCUCCACAAAAGGUGUCCCAUCCCAGAUCGUCCGUCUUCUGCCUACAUACACAAUGGCGAAGGAGAUGUUAAACCUCAUCCUGGAGAUCAUGUACCUGCUGACUGGAGAGGAUUACACGGUAGUAAAGAAAUCUGGAGAGUGUGUGACAACCCGUCCCAUCAUGGUGCCUCCACCUCAAACACUGAUCCAUUCCAAGGAUAAUGAGCAGAAGAUCCUAGAGGUCGUCAAUAAGAUCCUGAAGAUACUGAGCGGAGAGGUGAGCGCUGCAGGGAAUGCUGGGACAUCACAGAUUGUCAAAGCAGAAGACACAGAGGGAGAUGAGGAGUAUUAUAGAGGGGAUCUCCCAUGUAAGGAGGAGGAAACAGCGACUUAUAUCAGCGCAGAUGGCUCCUAUAGAAUUGAUCCACCACAGGGUCAUCCCAGUCAUCUUCAUGGUUUUACUUUGGAUGAUUGUGAGAAUAAUCAGAUUGAUGAACAUAUCAUUGUCAAAGCGGAAAAGACAGAGGGAGAUGAGGAGUAUUAUAGAGGGGAUCUCCCAUAUAAGGAGGAGGAAAUAGCGACUGAUAUCAGGACAGAUGGCUCCUAUAGAAUUGAUCCACCACAAGGUCGUCCCAGUCAUCUUCAUGGUUUUACCUUGGAUGAUCGUGAGAAUAAUCAGAUUGAUGAACAUAUCAUUGUCAAAGCGGAAAAGACAGAGGGAGAUGAGGAGUAUUAUAGAGGGGAUCUCCCAUAUAAGAAGGAGGAAACAGCGACUGAUAUCAGGACAGAUGCCCUAUUAAGUCUCCAGUGUAAUCCUCUCCCGCCAGAACACCAUACCAUACAAAAUAUUAUUGGAGAACAUUUUAGCACCACAAAUCUACCUUUACACAUCCACAACAGAGGUCUCUCAUCUGACCAAUCACAGACCGAUAAACAGCCUCCCUGCUUUAAUGGGAGUCCAUUUUCAUGCUUGGAAUGUGGAAAAUGUUUCACGGAUAAAAGAAAUCUUCUAGAACAUCAGAGAAUCCACACAGGAGAGCAGCCAUAUUCAUGUUCAGAAUGUGGGAAAUGUUUUGCAACGAACUCAGAUCUUGAUGAACAUCAGAAGGUUCACACAGAGGAGAAACUUUUUUCAUGUUUGGAGUGUGAAAAAUUUUUCAACCAGGAAGCAGAUCUUGUGAGGCACCGGAAAAUCCACUCAAGGGAGAAGACAUUCUCAUGUUCAGUAUGUGGGAAAUGCUUUAGAACUAAACCACGUCUUGUGGAACAUGAGAGGAUUCACACUGGGGAGAAACCGUUCUCGUGUUCAGAGUGUGGGAAAUGUUUUAGAUUGAGAAACAAUCUUUAUAUACAUCAGAGAAUUCACACGGGAGAGCGCCCGUUUUCAUGUCCAGACUGUGACAGACGUUUUACCCAGAGAUCCGAACUUACGACACACAAGAGAAGCCACACGGGAGAGAAACCCUAUUCAUGUCCAGAGUGUUCGAAAUGUUUUACCCGUAAACAAAGUCUCGUUGAACACAAGAGACUCCACACUGGAGAGAAGCCAUAUCCAUGUACAGAGUGUGACAGACGCUUUAACCAUAAGCAAGCUCUUGUCUACCAUCAGAGAGUUCACACAAAUGAGAAGCCAUACCAGUGCGCUGAAUGUGGGAAACGGUUCAACCAGAAAAAAUCUCUUAUGGUUCAUCAAAUAAAUCACAGCGGGGGAAAGCUAUAGCCAUAUAUAGAAUGAGAGAAAUGUCUUACAGAUGACUCUUGUAUCAGAGAAUUCAUAUCGGGCCAAGUCAUCUGUAUGUUUAUAUUAUAAAAUAUUUUUGCUACGUAAUUGAAUAUUUUCAUUGAAGAAGACAUUUUAAUUGUGAUAAUUUGUUUUUACCCAGGGCCAGCACGUCCACAGCAAUGGCUGCCAUAGGACCUGUUUCCAUAGGAUGCAGAG